AUGCGCGUCAGCGAGCUCCGCAGCUUGGCGAACGUCCAGGGCGAUUACCACGUCCCCGAGCGGUUCAGGGAUAAGUUCGCGACGCACCUCGUGAAGAACGCGCUCGCGUCGUCAAAUCUUCAGACGCCGCUGAUACUCGGCAUCUGGGGCGGGAAAGGGUGCGGGAAGUCGUUCAACGUCGAGCUGUGCUGCCGCGACAUGGGCGUCACGCCGAUCGUGACCUCCGCGGGCGAGCUCGAGGACCCGGUCGCGGGCGAGCCCGGCGCGCUCUUACGGCGGCGGUACCUCGCCGCGUCCACGGCGAUCCGUCACACGGGGAAACCGGCCGAUCUGGACGCCGGCAUCGGACGGCACCGCGACGAUAAGACCACGGUGAACAACCAGAUCGUCGCCGCGACGCUCAUGAACCUGUGCGACGACCCGACGCGCGUGAGCGUCGGAGGCGAGUGGCGCGCGGACGACCGCGCCCGCUGCGAGAGAGUCCCGAUCGUGGUGACCGGAAACGACCUCUCGAGAGUCUACGCGCCGCUCACGCGAAGCGGCCGCAUGGACCUCUGGAUGUGGGAGCCGACGCGCGACGAGAUCGCGGAGAUGGUGCAUCAACUCCUCAAAGACGAUAAGCGGCCGGGCGGAUACGGAGGGAUCGAGGACGCGCGACGGUUCGUGGACGCGUUCGACGCGCAGCCGUUGGAUUUUUUCGGCGCCGCGCGAAGUCGGUGCGUCGACGACGACGUUCGCGCGUUCGUGGACCGCGUCGGCGUCGAAUCCCUCGGAACGCGCUUGUUAUCAUCGGGCGACAAAAUCAAAAGCAAAAGCGUCGUCGUCGGAAGAGGGGACGUCUCGCUGGAGGCGCUGGUGCGCGCCGGGAGAGCGAUCGAGCGCGAGCAACAGAACGUCCUCGACGUGCGACUGUCGCGGGAAUAUCUCGCGAACUGGGACGACGACGGGUCGUCCGCGGCGGAGGUCGCGAGACGCCGCGCGGACGACCGCCGGCGCGCGGACGGGCUCGCCGUCGCCGCGGACGCGGAGGAGGCGCGGCGGAGGCAUCGCGUCGCGGAGGCGGAGGAGCGCGCGCGGCGCGAGGCCGCGGAGGGCGCGCUGGCGGCGGCGGCGGAGCGAGCGCUGAGGUGCGUUCUAUACACUGGUUCCCAUGCGACCGCGUCGGCGUGGUGA